AUGUCCGUCCUGCCGUCCAUCGAAAUGUUGACUGAUGAUGAAGACAAUGGCACUAGCGCCAGCAAGGAGCCAGCUGAAAAACCAGCACCUGAGGAGCCCAACAAGCCACCACCCAGGACCAAGGGGACAGCCAAGGCCACGCCUAAGGCCACGCCCAAGGCCACGCCCAAGGCGAAGGGAGCAGCAAAGACCACCAAGUCCAACAAGAAAGGGAAUCCCCCUGCUACUCCGCCGCCUGCUGUUCCCAAGGCGUUCCCGGAAAUGGCUGUGAGCACACCAAUGAAGAGGCCUGCCGCAAAAGCUGGCGGUGACAUUAAGAUCAGCAACCCGCAGUUCCACAAGAGCGGCAACUCAUGGACCUUGAAGAGUGGCCCCAAGCAAGUGAUUGCUGUGGGUGGCCACCGAUAUGACGUGGCUGAGACCAAGAAGAUUGCGGCCAAGACCUCAGCCUUGAUUCGAUUCGAUUUGGCCACUUCAGCCCAAGAAAUUCUCCGGCAGCACUUCUUGCAAGGUGAAACUAAGCAGCAAGUGGAGGAAGUGAAGGCCGCUUUGUUGGCCAAGCUGAAGCCGCUCGAUGCUGCAGAUCGAGGCACGAAGCGCGGCCAUGAGAACAAAGGCAAUCAGGACGAGACCGCUGAUGAGGGCAAGCCGGCCACUCCGAGUUCUAGCAAGAUUGGCUCCAAACUGCCAAAGAAGUUUCCGGAGAAGAAGCCAGCGAUCAAGGAGACACCCCAGGAAAUCGAAGCUGCAGUGGAAGAGGAAAUCGAUCCCAAAAAGGAGGAAGCGGCAGAGGCAGAAGCAGAGCAGAAGGAAGCUGCAGAAGGGGAAGAGGAAGAUGCGGUGGACGAUGACCAAGUCGUUGACCCCGAGCCCGCCGAUUCCAAGCAGCCCGCCGAUUCCCAGGAUGUUGACUAG